CUGUGAUAGUCGCUUGCUGAAUCCGAUUUCAUUAAAUUAGAAUCCAAAUAAUUUCCGUCUAGUUCUAAUCGAAAAUUCAAACAAACGUUACAAGCUGAUUGGUUAACGCUCGAUGUAAGCGCUGUUGACAAAUGUAAGUUUAAAUUUCUCAAUAAAUUGUUUUAAAACUUUAGUAAAUAUAUAAAAAAUAUGUAGCACAACGUCGGACGCUUAGAAACGAUUGAAAAUUAAUUACGAGAUGAAAUUAAUUAUUAAGUAAAUAAUUAUGACAAAUUAAGGCCAUGAGUGACAGUGGCUCAGACGAGGAUUUCUGGAACGUAGGAGGCGAUGAUGGACCAAGACCGGCCAGGAGAAGAGGUCAUACGCGAAGAAGCAACGUGCAGCCGUUGCCCGCGUCAACAGCAGCGGCGAGCUCAAUUUUUCUACCGAUUUUACCGGAACGUCAAGAAGCAACCGAGUCCAACGAUGAGGACGCGGUCAAUACAACUGACGAAAACGCCAAUAAUGAUGCAUGUUAUGCCACUCCCUCGGAUGAUUUUAGCGAUGCUUGUAAUGUCAUCAUCGAGAGCAAAACGGAAGAAAGAAAGCAAAUGGUGCAUGAACCAAAUGAUGAGAAAGAAACGUAUGAAUCAUCGUUUGAAAGCGAUGACGAAUUACCUAUGAAUAGUGGCGACGACAUAAAAAAUACAUAUGAAACUGAAUCAUCUUCAUCAACCGGCGAGCACGCAGCGAAUCACAAGACGCCAGUUAAAAUAAAUGGAUUCGUUCUCGACGUAGAUUCAAAUGCAAGUAACUUCCCGUCAAACACAGCAACAAACAUCACAUCCAGAGAAUCAGCGGAACAAAAAGUACCAGAAAUCUUUCGAAAUAACGAGCAUUCGCCUGAAGCCGUUGACCCUUCGCCGUGCGAAUUCUCUGACGACGGCAGUGUGCGGAGACGCAAAGGCAAGCUCAUCAAGUGGCAGAGUCGGAGCAGCACGGACAUCCGGACCAGAUCUACUUCUGCAGACUACACUGACGGACCGGACGCAUUGUCACGCAUGUCUGCAGAAGACGACGUAGGCUACCCACCACGAGCGCGCCUCAAGAACGCGCUGUACCGCGGCCGGCGGCACCUCGCCUUGCGGCAGGGCGACGAGGCGGUAGAGGAGUUCGUCCGAGGCUUCGCCCUCGCCAGGAUCGUUCAUGGAGACGAACACUGGAGAACAUGUCGCUGUAGAGUCUUUCUUUCCCAGGCUUAUCUUUACCUUAAGGCAGAAAAUGAAGCAAGGACUGCGAAAGAAAUCUUACUAAGGAAUUUAGGUACUCCUCUGGCUCCGCGGAAGAAAUUACAGGUGCGGCAUUUGCUGGUGGUGUCAGCCCUGGUCGAGGGAGAGGCGCGCCUGCUGCAAGGCAGACUGGACGGCGCAACAGCUUCGCUGUCCCGAGCUCAUAAGCACGCUAACGUCUUCGAGAAAAAAUUUAAUAAAACUCGGCGAAGUAUUCCCGCAAGCCUGCGCAGCGUAAAGCCCGGGGACCUGCUACUUCACACGCUCAGGGUGCAAGCUGCUCUGCUUGCAGUUUCAUUCACACGGUUGGUGCGGCAUUUGCUGGUGGUGUCAGCCCUGGUCGAGGGAGAGGCGCGCCUGCUGCAAGGCAGACUGGACGGCGCAACAGCUUCGCUGUCCCGAGCUCAUAAACACGCUAACGUCUUCGAGAAAAAAUUUAAUAAAACUCGGCGAAGUAUUCCCGCAAGCCUGCGCAGCGUAAAGCCCGGGGACCUGAUACUUCACACGCUCAGGGUGCAAGCUGCUCUGCUUGCCAGCAAAGGUCGUAUCUCGCAGGCGAAGGAGAAGCUUGAGGAUGCUGUUAGACGAGCUGAAGACAUUGGCGGAGCGCACGACCGACGCCUUGUGCUGCUACUGCAGCAGUACGGGGAGCUGCUCAUUCUCAACUCCCAAGAGCAGCGAGAGAAAACCAAAAAACUCGCCCAAGUCUCUCUUGACGAUUUAAAGCUGACGACUGCUUCAUCGAGAUCAAGAAUCAGAGAACGACUAGCAUCUAGCUAUGGACAAUUUCCUGUUAGAAGUAAUUUGAAAAGCAGCGUCAGCAAGAGUUUAUCCUCAAAUUUGAACACGCAAUUUAACGUGGAAGAAAGUGGACUGGAAUCUAUCGAUACAGAACCCAUACAAGAUCAUGCAAGAAGUAAUCUCCACCUCGGAGACGAUGUGACCAGAGGACUGGCGAUGCUGAGUAGAGCUGUGCAAAUAACGAAGGCUAUUAACAGGCCCGGCAGCGGAGCAGAAUUGGAUGCAAGAGCCCUCCUUGUAAGAUAUAAGGUAACGCAGGGUCGGUACGAAGCAGCUGACGCGCUGCGCGAGCUACACAGCCUCUACACCGUCGUCAGCAGAGCGCAAGGGGCCGUCAGCUGCCCUGCCCUCACCCUUCAGGGACUUACCUCUCAGGUCUUGAUGAACGACAAGAAGUUCGACGAAGCGAGCGAAGAAUUACGGAAGAUGCUGAGCAACACACGCAACCUGUACGGCGACUUCAGCAAGCAGGCGUGCCAGGUGCUCCAGCAGCUGUGGCACGUGCGAGCGCUUGCCAGAGACGUGCCAGGUCUUGCAGAGGCCUUGAGUCAACUCCUGUCAUCAGAGGUGCUCGUAUACGGCACCGGCAGUCAACAUGCUGAUAACACCAGAGUCAAACUACGACACACGUUGCAGCAACUUUCAAUUGCUCACCGGACGAAAUUGCUGCGACGUCACCCAGAAUUACAAGUAAGACCACGUUUCAAGAACCUUUGAAGAAAUUUUAGUACUUAUCUAAAGCUGAACAAAACUAGAAGUCACGUAAUUUUCCGUUUUAUCGUUUACACAACAAUUUAUUUCAUGCAAGCUAUUCGAGAAAACAUAAAAAUACAUACCACGCUCGGAAUCAUACUGAUGAUAAGCAAAUAAAUCAUUAUUGCAUGUGAUUCUCAGAAAUAUUAUCUUUUUGUUGUGAUUGUAACUCCGGCCGAGCGUCACAUAGUGUCUGUUGUAACAAAUUAUACGCACACUACAUUGACUGAACUUGUUCUGUCUCAAUGACGUAAUUUAAAUAUCACAUAUCAUAUAAUAAUAGUUAUGAAGCGUGUCUUUUCAGCUUUGGGUUUUUGAAUACCUACAAUAGCUGUGUGCUAGCUUAUGAACGAAUUCCGUAUAAUAUGAUUAACCUAUCAUUACUUUUGAGUGAUUGAUUCGGGUUGCUGGACCGGGGCACAAAAUAGCUGCAAAUCAAGCGAGCAUUAACUCCUAACUACGAGCACAUGCAUUAUGUAAAAUUAUGGAAUACAUUUAAUCUUCAUAUUUCUUGAAUACUGUAAAUGCGUCUUAUCCUUAGAAAUGCUCCUAAUUUCAUUAACUGGGCGUUUAAAGUUAUACAACUUUUAACCCAUAUUUUGUGGACAUGAAGGACUAAAAAUCUACUAGGCAUUUGAGAUCGAACAGCAAUGUGGCUAGGAAAGUGUAACUUCGAAUGAAUAUAUUCAAGAAAUUGUCCACUUGCUCAUCCUAUAUACUUUAUAAGGUAUGUGAUAUUUCUAAACACAUUUCCUACACCUAAGAAAACAAAUAGAUGUGAGAGGCGAGAUAUUUUUGUAUCGUCGUUUCCUAUUAUAUAUAAGCUUUAGAUGUUUCGGCACGCAUGUAAAAACAAUUGAUGUGACAUUGUUUAAUGAGGUAUUGUAAUGGAGCAAGAGCUGCCUGCGCGUGACUUUAAAGAGUCUGUGUUCGAACCGGUUGGAUGCUUCGCUGGAAAGCUUUUGUUCUAAUUUGGCUCAAAAUGUCAUCGGUCACGGACGAUUAAAAUACAACAUAUUAUUUACCACACGAUUUUCAUCAAAGAAAUUGGGCAAUAAAAAAUUAAUAUUCGAAAAAAGAAGAUAUAUUCGAAAAAAUAGUAAUUGGUGCAGUAAUAAAACAACGCUAUGAUAAAUUAUCGCAGAUAAUUUUUUAGGACAUUUUUUCCACAAUUUAUUCUAACACUCUCACCGAUUUGCAAUAUGUGACUUACAUAAAAUAUAAUUUUUUCGGAUUCUGAUCAUUUAUUUAUCACACAGAGAUAAUACUGAAGAAAAGUCGUAGCUCAAUUUAAAUCAAUAUAGAACAUAAUAUUAAAAUAUCAAUGUAUGGUUUGAUGUCCUACGCAUCAGGGCUUAUUAUGUAAUUAAAUAUUUUCAUAAAAUUUGAAUGUUCCCGCCGUAAAAAAGUAUGUGUAUUUUAAUCUAUAAAUUCGUAAAAUGCUUCGCUCUAUCUAAAGCUAAAGGACGAAAAGUUGAGAGAUUCCCCCAGUCUUUGUUUUAAGUAGUUUUUUCGAUCUUUUCGAAUAUAUAACAAAUACAUUGGAGGAUACAGCAUUCCCUUCAAGGAUAGCUAAACGUGAACAAGUGAGAAAUUGCAUUUUCUUUCCGGUCCAUGGAUACUACUAGUCAAUAUUAUCAAUAAUUAAUUAUUAUUCAA